UUCUGUCUUUCUUUUUUUACUCGUUUAGUAAAUUAGUAAAAUUUAAAUUCAUCAUUUUCAAGUGGCUGUCCUUGGUGCAACAUAAUAAAGGAGAGUUGGGACUCAGCAACAGUGCUUUAUACUGGUGUUUCUAAUGCCACACAGGAGAAGGCAACCACUUCAAGCAAUUCCUCUCUCCACCCUACAGAGUUUUGGAUGAAGACACGGCAACCAUUUCUGUCUCAGACUCCAGAAAAAGAGAAAGCCAAGGAGGGUGAAACAAUGGUCUUUGGAUGCCAGUAUCACAGUCCCCAAGGAUCGUCUUUGAAUAACCUCACAGUGAAGUGGUAUAAACGGGAUGGAAAAGGACAGAAGGAUGUCAUGGAAAAUAAUGUCACUGCCCUGGAAAACAACACUAGAAUUUUUAUGACUGGGAAUUUAUCAGAAGGUGAUGCUUCACUGACUAUCUUAAAAGUGACAGCCAGUGAUCAUGGCACUUAUUACUGCCAAGUGAUUCUUUCCAAUGGUGAUGUGGUGACUGGCGAUGGCACAAAACUUAGAAUCCAGAGAGCACUAGGUUGGCUUGAUAUAGAAGAAUCCAUUGGAACAAUCAUUGGUGUGGUGGCUGCUGGUAUUGGAGGCCUGAUAGUUCUGAUUGUAAUCUUAACUCCUCGACUGAGAAAGUGUCUUCCAUGUGCUAAAGCAACAGCUCCUCAAGCAUAAUUUGGAGCAAUGGACUAAAGAAUAAUAUCAGCUAUGACAAGAGUUGCAUAGAUAAUCAAUAGGAGCAAAACUAUAUGUUGUUCAUGUAUUUUAUUUUUAAAAAUGGACUAAAAUGUUUUAGCAUCAUUUUACAUGACAUGCCUUUUUUAGAAAAAUACAAAGUUUAUUCAUUGAAUGAGUGUAUGAAAAAAGUUUACAAUUUUAUUAAUUAAUUUUAAUCAAUGGCUUACUUGUCAGUUAUUUGUCAGUAUGGACAAUGGUCUCCUAGUCAAUAUAAGUUAAUUAUAUUGCAGACUUUGAAAAACUGAGACUGGGAAACCAAGUAAGUGGUCUGAGGGGAAAGGGACAGAAGAAGGAGGAAGGAAUAAAACUGCACCCCUACU